AUGAAUUACGAAUUCGGGCGAGAAAGUGGUUUUAUCAACAGCCAGCCGUCGCUCGCUGAGUGCCUGACAUCUCUCACUAACCCUGUCGGUGAUGCAUUUCAAAGUUCAUCAAUCAAGAGCCCGGCGCUUUCACGGUCGACACUGAUCCCUGCUCCUUUUGAGCAGACCAUCCCCGGCCUGAACCCGGGCAUCCACCCACGCCACGGCCGCUCAAAGCAGGCGCUGAAAGGCGGCAGCCCGCUCCAGACUGCAUCCCUACCCCCGGAGUACCCGUGGAUGAAGGAGAAGAAAAGCAUCAAGAGGAGCCAAACUGCUGCGGCUGCUUCUUCUGCUUCUGCUGCCGCCACAGCGACUGACUCCUCUCCACUCUACUUCUCCCCCCAAGGUUCACCCGAGGUACCAGAGGGUGGUGUUGGCGGCGGAGGAGCAUCCAGGAGGCUGAGGACUGCCUACACCAACACCCAACUUCUGGAGCUGGAGAAGGAGUUUCAUUUUAACAAAUACCUGUGCAGGCCGAGGCGAGUGGAAAUAGCGGCUUUGCUGGAUUUAACAGAGAAGCAGGUAAAAGUCUGGUUUCAGAACAGGAGGAUGAAACACAAGAGGCAGACCCACUGCAAGGAGAACCGGGACAGCGAGGGGAAAUACGCGUGCCUGGACGACGGGGCGGAGGACGAGUUCGAGCAGGCGGCGGACAGCGGCGGUGCCGGGACGCUCCUGGAGACGGAGAGGUAUUUCCACCAGAAUACCUUGACUUCACAACAGUGUCAGAACGGGAACAAUGGGGACAACCAAAGCCCAACUGUUACGCCUUCGCACAGCCAUGACAAAAAUCUGAAACAUUUUCCAGAGCCGGCACCCACUGCUCCUGUCUGCGUGUCCACAAUGGGCCCUGACAAUGAUAAUUCCCCGGGCCUGGACGUGUCUUUGCAGGAUUUCCAAGUUUUCUCAUCCUCCUCCUCUUUCUCCCCGAGUUUGUCAGAUUCCACUCAGAGUCCCCUGCCUUUAUCAUCCGAAACGUUUGAACUCUUCUCCGAAACACUCACAACAGUCGACCUUCACAACUUGAGUUAUUAAAAUACUUGUUUUUAUUCUAAUGCAGG